AUGAAAGUAGAAGAAAUCUGUCCAGCCAAAUUCAUAGAUGCCCUAUCAAAGGCUCUGAAGGAAGAGAAGAAAAUAGAGAAGCCAGUUGAGGCCGAUCACAUCAAAACCGGGCACGGAAGAGAGCAGGCGCCAAUCCAGGAGGACUGGUACCAAAUCAGAGCAGCCUCUCUGCUCAGAAAGCUUUACAUGGAGGAGCUGACAAACCCCGAGAAGAGCAAGUACGGCUUUGGAGUUAUGUGGUUUGCACGCGUCUACGGAGGGUCAAAGAACAACGGACACAAGCCAUCACACACCGUGUCAGGGUCCAAGAGUCUGGUAAGAAGACUACUCCAAUCUCUUGAAAAUGUUAAACUUGUUUCUAAGGUGAGCAUGGGAGGAAGAAAACUGACCCAAACCGGGCACUCGUACCUCAAGAGCAUUGCAGAAAAAGUAGCAACAGCAUAA